AAGCAUAAAGAGUAAAGACUAGACAGCCUGCAUCAAAAUGGCUGUAAAUGUAUGAAGUGGCUCUUUGUAUUACAGCAGGUUAUUAGCUGAUCUGCAUUGAGCUUCACUCACAAGAUUUUGCAUGUUGAAUCUGGGACUGCAGCAAUCUUUCUCCAUCAUUAUGCAUUCUUGUGUUCCGAUGAUUUCUGAUGGUAGCACUGUGACGCAGGUAGCAAAAGCAUCUCCUAGGGCCAGUAUUAAAAAGAGAAAGAGAGAUAGAAUGUGUGUGUGUGUGUGUGUGUGUGUUGCACGCACGUGCAUUUACUCAUUCACAUCCAUAUCAUAUACCUUCACACCCUUAUCCAUAUCAGCUGCCAUAUUCAAAAUAAAAAGGGUGGCUGAAAGAAAAUAAUGGGAUGUCUGUCAUGAUGCUCCCUAAUCAGAUUGUAAAUAUGGAAAUUAUUUCUUAAUGCUAGGGGAUAAUUUUUUAUAUGAUGUUGAAACCAGCACAGUCCACAAAUGAUAAUCCUGAAUUUUCUGCCGUCACAAUGAGUUGUCUACAGUCGUCUACACAUCUAAUGUGUCAACAUUACCGUAAAGGAAACAAAACGAUUCAUCUGUGCUGUAAUGUUAAGGAAGAGUUGAGCAACUCAUAACAAAACAAAAUAUAUUCCAAGGAAGCCUACGGUGUGUAAUUAUAUCUCUGAACCUUACAGCCCUUCCUGCGUGGGCAGUUGGGUUCGUACGAUUAGUUGAUCAUUAAACCAAAGUGUAAUCAUGGCUAUAUUUGCUCUCGUGGAUAACAAGACUAGGAAGUGAUUGUGUUUGCCCUGGAGCUGAGAGCGGCUGAACGGACAGGCUGUGUCAGAAGAAGCGCGCUUUGGCAGCUGACCACCGAUGACCUGGGACCACCGGGGUCCUGGAGCUUCAGCCGAGCCGGACCCGUCCUCAGGUAAAGCGCAAUGUGGCUGUGGUGAUGCCGCUUUCUCAAAGUACGGUUCUGUAUGCACAUCCUGCCUGGAAAGCGUUAGAAAUCAUUUUGUGAAAGGAUCUGUUUCAGCCUGACAGACAGGUAAUAUCCAGAAGAAAAGACAUGUCGGAGGGGGACCCAGGUGUUCUGUUUGUCCGGUUUCCUGGAAACAGGCCAGGAUGACUCUGAGUGGGAGGUGCCUGAAACGCAUGUGACUUAUUUCAUGCGGAGAAGGUGCGAACACUAAGCAGUUGCACAGUCUGGCUGAGUGUUCAGUGGCCUCGUGAACUGAGCUCUGCACAGGGAAAGUGCGCACUUUGCUGGAAAGAUGUCCGUCUCAUUGGGCAGGACGGGUCACCUGGAAGUGUAAGGAGCGGAGGCUUGGACGCGAUGGCAUACCUGGUGCAUUCCUCUCACCUGCAGUUUGUGAGCCUAUGGGUGGGGGUCGUGGGGUGGAUCCUGACGGGCGUGGCCAUGGGGCUGGUUCAGUGGCGGGUGUGGUACGUGGCGGACCUCACCUUCGUCACCUCGGGCGUGGUGUGGGUGGGAAUAUGGCGGACGUGCUUCUUCAGCCACGUCCUAGUCACCGCCGAGCUGGAGGACAUGUUCUGCCAGGCCAUCGGCUUCCUGGACCCCUACGCCCCCGCGGAGAUCCCCGCGGCCCAGGCGCUGAUGGUGGCGGCGCUGGCGGUGGGGAUCGGCGGGAACGCCAGCGCCAUAUACGCCCUGCGCUGCGUGUACUUUGGCCUGCCGGAGCGGCCGGUCCGGACGGCCUUCGCACUGGCGGGGGCGCUGCAGCUGCUGGCCGGCGCCUGCGCCCUCGUGCCCCUCUCCUGGAACCUGAACUCCGUGGUGGCCAACCGCACCAUCAGCUUCCCCCCCAGGUUCAACGUGCCGCCCGCCCCCGUCAGUCAGGAAGUCGGGGCGGGAAUCGCGGUGGGAAUCACCGCCGCCAUCCUGGUGACCGCCAGUGGGCUGGCCUUCCUGUCCUACAGGUUCCCCUUCACUGUCAGUCCCAGAAAGGACCGGGGCGGCUUUGAGACCUCCAGCAUGGGCAUGUCCUUUUCCCAGCAGUCUGUGUCGGUGGGUGACGAGAGCUCUUACCAUGGCAGGGACAAUCAAGCCUUCCAGUCACAGGAGAGCAUAUGAGCUCUGCUGUACCACCUCUGAGAAAUCUACACACUAAAACCUGAAUGACCAAAUACAGUGCUUUAUUUAUUUAGUAAUUGUAUUAUAAUUUUAUAAUAAUUUACGAUUGUUACACCCAAGACCAAUACAACGUUUAGUAUUUUUCCAAGCUGCUAUUGAAAUUGGUAUCUGCAAGAUCUUUCUUUGCAUGGAAAUGUGAAAAGGCUUAAUGUUACAGAGCUCUCCCUCUCAUUCCUACCGAACAGUACCGACUGACAUUGUGAAAAUCAACCAGAUGAGCAAAGGACAGAUACAUUUUUGUUUGUGUAUUUUGUGUUUUUUUAGGAUUCUGUGUGUUAAUCCACUGGAGCAAUAGUUUUACUGGAGAUGACACCACAGUCUGUUUACAGGUUGCCUCCAUGCUGGCUUUUCCCCCUGGGAAGUGAGUAAUUGGGAAAGUGUACACACAAGUCAGCACUCCAGAGAGUAUGGGGCAUGUGACACUCUUCCAGCAGUUGUUAAUCAUAGCCUUGCAACCGCACCUACAAGACUAUGAAAGGCAAAUAAUAUAAUUUCCAGUCCAGUUUUAUUUUUUUGUGUAAUCAUACGUUUGGUUGAAGGACAUAUGCUUUUCAUUCAAACUCCAUUACAAAAUAUUAAUGUUCACAUUUCCAUAUACCUCUUGUCUACAAUAUAAUAUAAAGUUUUAAUGUUUUUCUUGUUGAUUACUUUUCUGAUCAUGUUUUGAAUCGGUGCCUUUUUAUUUGAGAAAAUGAACUCCUGAUUCGGGUUUCCAAAUAACAGAGAAAAGACCAUGUGUAUGUGCUUAUUACAUUUAAAAUAUAUGUAACAAAAAGUCUUCUUUGUUGCUCACUGUUCUGUUCUGUGGUGCACUACCAUUUUGUCAUACGUAUCAGGGGAGAUUUUUCUCAUUUUAUACGGUAACCAUUUAAGUGAUACAUUUUUGUCCCUUUUUUGGGAAGUGGUAUCCAGAGUCUUUCUGUCCCCGGUUGUUUCACCUUACUGGUAAGGAUGAGUUCUGGGAAAUAAUUAUUUCUGUAUUUCUGUAUUUUUUUGACUCAUUAUCAAAUGUCUUUGAUAAUGAGUUAACUGUUCUAAGCCCUUAAUUUUGCAUUGACAGAGUAGCACUGCAAAGGUCUCCCCUUGUUCCUCAUACCCCAGUAAGUUAUUAGAUACAUGGUGUACUGGUUUGGGAACUGGCUUUACAGCCAGAAGGUUGCUUGUACAGUUCCCCGGUUGGAUGCUGUGUUUGUACCCUUGAGCAAGGUGCUUGAAUCAUUUCAGUAUGCACUGCAGUAUACCCAGAUGUGUACAUGGAUUCUGUGUAAAAUGUUAAUUUAUAAGCAAAGUUGUGUAAGUCACACAACUGGAUAAGAACAUCUGCUAAAUAUCUGUAACGUACUGUAAUGUGUUGAGAAGAUGUCCUGGUGUCUUGACAGGGUUCGUCUCUGUAUUCCUGAUUAUUCUGGGUCCAUUUCUCAGGUGGCUUCGGUUUUCUGAACUUAAUGGUGAAAUAUUCCGUCUCUAUAUUCUGGAACUGUUUGUUCCAUCACCCCGACUUCUUUAGACUGGUUCAGGAUUUCUAAAUUGGGCUUAAGACAGAAUUUGAGGUAUGUGAAAAUUGAUGAAUAAGUUUAAUAAAGGUACAGACAUUUAAA